AUUCUACAACUGGACGGUGUUCUAUCGUACUCGCGUUCACAUUUUUGGCAGCUGAAAUCGGAUUUGAAUGUGGCAUCGUUGCAUGUUCAAAUAAGUGAUGAGGCGAACGAUCAAGUAGUACGUCAAAAGGUGUUGCAGUUGUUGAAAGAGACUGGAGCGACACAAACCUCAGUUCAGGUUGAGAAAGAGACAUUUUUCCAUCAAAUCCAGUCGAUGUGUCCAUCGUAUCACAUUCCGUAUCGAGUCAACAAAGGUGUUCUGGUUGGUUACAGUCAUCAUGAUCACUGCGAUCAUACUGCGGAUCAUGCACAUGGACAUGGUCAUAGCCAUGAGCAUGAACAUGAGCAUAAGCAUGAGCAUGAGAAUGAGGCACACCACGGUCAUAGUCAUGGAGGGCCGCAUUCUCAAGACGGAUCUCAUGGACACGGGCAUUCACACGGCGGAGCAGAAGAACAUUAUUCGAACGCUACCCAGCAGCUGUACGGUAAUGAUGCAGCACAUUCUGCAUAUGUCCAAAACCAGUACCAGUUUGAUUCGACAGCACCAUCGUUUGCGGUUGGUUUCUUGUGA